GUCCUCCGCUUUCUCUCUGUGCGAAAAGGUACAACUGAGGACACAUUAUUUUUUGAGGCAACCAAACGAAAUAAACGAGAUAAGGAAUUUGUUACCAUGUCCGCACUUUCGUCUGGGUUCAGGACCCGCAAGUUCUUUCUUAGUUUCGUCCCUGGCUUUGGUCGGCUAGCUGUGGUCGCGACGUAUAAUGAUUUAAUCUUGUGCUGCCCAGAGGAUGGUCUUUCACGUGAUUACUACAUCUGUAAUCCAUACACCAAGCAAUGGGUUGCUCUUCCUCCAGCACCAAGAGUUCAUCGAGCAGUAGCAAAAACGGGAUUCAUAUGCGACGGUGCCUACUAUAACUGCAAGGAGCUCGACGGUGAUCGUAUAACUAGUAAAAAUGCUGGCAUCGAGCUUAAUUCUGAGUAUAGGUACAGAGUUGUGAACCGAAUUCGUCAGCGUGGACCGAAUCCCUCGCACUUCAGGGUGGAGAUCUUCUCAUCGGAGACUGGUGAAUGGACACAGUCAGUUAUACAAUGCCCCCAAGACUUCCUUAACUUUGAUGACAUCAAUCCGGUAAUGCUUGCCUACAAAGGAAUGUUGUAUUGGUCUGCUAAUGGUGGAAUUCUUAUGGCUUUGGAUCCCUUCAACAACAACCCUAAGACCACUAGUGGUAGUGGUAGUACUAGUGCUUAUAUUUUUGAGAAUCAAUUCUGUCGUUUCACUGCAUUUGAUAAGCCUGCUUUUGCACCCGAAGACACUGAUAUAUGUCUUCAGUGUCUAAGCGUGUGCCAAGGGCGUUUACGGAUGUGCUACUCAGGGACCGGCAAGACUCGGAGUGUUUGGGAGUGGAAAGAAGUACAAGAGCAGUCGCAUGGGGGCAAAUUAAUGAAAUGGUUUUUGAUAAAAAAGUUUUCGUGGCAUCAACUGGUUACGGAGAAUAAUCCAGUAAUUAGUAUAUACGCAUUGUGGCGGACUAGGGUGUUAGCUUUAGACCCAAAAGAUGAGGAUAUCUUAUAUGUAGCUCUGGAUGGAGAUAUUGUAGCAUGCGACUUCCGUACACGAACUUCGUUCAAGAGACGUGGAGGGAGGCCCAAAAAUGCUCGGAGUCUUUAUGACGCUGAAGCCUACUCAUUUUCACGCCCAUCUUGGCCGACACCAGUUCCUAAACCGUUUCCUCGUGAUGAUGAUGUAUUGGUUGAAAGAUACACUGAUAUGGAUGUGAUGUUAUUCUUUUCCAAAACCAAGAAUCCAAUAAACAGAAUCUAUCCGAUUUGGGAAUCUUUCAUCAUGGCUGCGCUUCCGAGCGGGUGCAAAUCACGCAGUUUAUCUCUCAGUUUCCUUCCUUGUUUUGAUCAAACCAGACAAAUCGAGUCAUAUGUGUUGGGGACAUAUAAUGACUUAAUCUUGUGCUGCGUAGAGGAUGGAUUUGCACGUGAUUAUUCCAUCUGCAAUCCAUACACCAAGCAAUGGAUUGCUCUUCCUCCCACCCCUCGUGUUCAUCUGGAAUCAGUACUAACGGGAUUCACGUGCGAUCAUCACUACUAUAACCGGGAGGAAAUGAUGGAUGAUCGGACAAGUACUUCCAACAACAAGCUUGAGUAUAGGUACAGGGUGGUGCGAAUUCCUGCACCUGUAGUUGAACAUAAUUUCUUGGAAUUCGCUGUGGAAAUCUUCUCUUCUGAGACUGGAGAAUGGAGAGAGUCAGUUAUAUCGAGCUCCCGAGGAUUUAAUUUUACUUGUCACUCUUGUACUCCAGGCGUUGCUUACAAUGGAAUGGUGUGCUGGUUGGUUUUUGGUGGCCUUCUUAUUGGGGUGGAUCCGUUCAACAACAUAAACAACAGUAUUUCGACAGGUGCUAAUAUUACUGGUGACAUUGUCGUCAACAACGAAUUAUGUCGUUUCGUUCAAUUCCAUAAGCCCGAAUACAAGAUUGAACGUGUUGAGUGCCUAGGUGUGUGUCGAGGGCGUCUGCGGAUGUGCCAUUUUGAUCUGGAGGAUCCCCGCAGAAGUGGCAUUGUGUGUGUUUGGGAGUUGAAAGAAGUCGAAGAAGAAGAUGAUCAGCAGGCGGAUGGUGCAAGCAGAUUGAUGAAAUGGUGUUUGAUAAAAAGGGUUGACCUGAAGGAAUUAGUUGCUGAAAAUCCACAAAUUAAUAAAUGUUGGGCAACGACGAUAGGAUGUUGCUUUGCCAGGGUGCGGGCUUUUGACACAAACGAUGAGGAUAUUUUAUAUCUAGAUUUGGGUGGAGAUAUUGUGACCUUCAACUUCGGUAAAAGAACUGCGUUUGUUCGAGGGAGAAUCAGUCCAGGAGGUGGAACCAUGUCUUUUAAUGCGUUGACGAAGGCCUUCCCUCUUUCGCUCCCACGUUGGCCUACACCACUUCCUAAUUAAACUAGACUCAUUAUUUCCAAUCCAAGUGCAACUGACGACAAUUUGCGGUUUUAUCUUAUGAUAUUUAAACAUUCUACCAAAUAAAUUAGAUUUUGACUUUAUAAUGUUUCACAUUGGCUUUUUAUGAACACGAA